AUGUCUAAACACAGUUUUAACCAUAAUUCGCCAGCUCUGGGAUGCAAAAAACAAAGGCUUGAUAAGAACAACAACAGUGUGGAAGAAGAAAGCGUUCCAGCACCUUCUAGUGAUAUUUCUCACCCAUUAGUCCGGCGUGAAAUGUGCCUUUAUUGUUUUGACGUACUUCAUAGGCAGCUAUUUAAUCAGGAUCCUCCACCCCAACCCAGAACUUUCCCAAAUCAUGCAUAUCCCUUAUUUGUUACCUGGAGUUAUGGUAAAGACCAACGUCUUCGUGGCUGUAUUGGGACCUUUAAGGCAAUGAACUUGUACACUGGCCUUCGUGAAUAUGCGUUAAACAGUGCAUUACGCGACUCGCGUUUCUCUCCGAUUACGCAAAAAGAAUUUCCCCACCUCUAUUGCUCCGUCUCCUUGCUUACAGAUUUCGAGGAUGCCGCUGAUUACAAAGAUUGGCAGAUCGGCGUUCAUGGAAUCCGAAUAGAGUUUCUAAAUGAGCGUGGGUCUCAACGUUCUGCAACAUACCUUCCAGAAGUUGCCGUUGAACAAGGUUGGAAUCAUCAGGAGACAAUUGACUCUCUGCUCAGGAAAGGCGGCUACAAGGGAUCCAUCAACGAGGCGGUGCGCUCUUCGGUGCGUCUGACGCGAUAUCGUAGCGAUGAACUACAACUACAUGCCGGCGACUACUUCGCUGAACAGGCCAAUGGUUAUCGCGUGUAG